CACCAUUUCCACUCUGGCCACCGAUCUGAAUCCUUCCAAGGAGAAAAUAAUCUUAUUUCAAAACAAAAGAGACGUGUUGUUAAUUUAUUGUCAAAUAAAAGUUUAGCGCAGUGAUAAAAAAUGAGAUCACACGAGACUUGGUUCGAGCGUUACGAAAAGCAUCGGUUGUCUUCGUUCGGCGUUCGUAAGCUUUCGCUCUCGUUCGGGUUUAUAGAUACCGCUCUGUGAAGGAGCAUCGUGGCGUGAUUGUCAUCGAAUUUCGAACUUUCUUUCGUGAUUCUUGAACAGUCAGCGACCGGAAUUUAGUAAGUGAUUUCAAGCUGUGACAGCAGACAACGUUGUGCAGUAUGACAAAACGUCGUUCAGUUAUUUUCUCCGUUAUUUUACCAAGGGCAAAGAUUAUGGCAACGUAUCAACGCGGCAGUGUCUAAAACCGUUGACGAGGGAAGCAUGCGAAGAAAAUCGAGCGAAAGAAGAUUUCUCGACACGGAAAGGGCGGAUUCCCAAGGAAUUUCGUUAGAAAGAGUACUGUUGCAAAUCGUCAGUACAACUGAGCAAAGUGCUUAAAAGCGUGCACGAUGGAAAACGUGCCGAUGAGCGGUCGACAAGUGGACGCAACCUUUCAAGUGUCGUUGUCAAGAAGUUAAUCGCCGCCAUGUCGAACCAGACAAAUACCACCGAUUUUAUCGAUUACGAUCUCAACGAGUCGUUCAGUCACUUCGACUGGGAGGAACUGGCACCCGUCCUCGUCGUCUAUUCCCUCACGUUUUUCCUCGGAUUAGUCGGAAAUGUCGUCAUCAUCGGUUCGACGCUGUGCCCGAGACUGAGACCUUUACCAUCCACACCGACUAACGUCUUCCUGGGUGGCUUGGCAACGGCCGAUCUCCUCCUCAUACUCUUCUGCAUUCCCGUAAAGGUGGCCAAGCUGUUCUCCUACACGUGGACGAUGGGCCUGUUUCUAUGCAAGUCGGUGCAUUAUAUGCAGAGCGUCUCGGCUAUUUGCUCGGUCGUCACGUUAACCGCAAUGUCGAUAGAAAGAUAUUACGCUAUAGUUCAUCCAAUGCGGGCGCAGUACACUUGCACAAUAAGUCAGGCACGCAAGAUAGUAAUUACAACUUGGGUGGUGUCAUUCCUUCUCGGUAUUCCUAUGAUCUUCACACAGACGCACAAAGAAGUUGGACUGAGGGUAAUUGCUUACUGGUGCGUACGCGAUUCAGAAUUCGGACUUUUAUGGCGUGCACACGAGGUUUAUAUGUUGGUCCUGGUUCUGGUGUUACCCCUGACCGUAAUGGGCUAUUGUUACACGGCUAUUUGUUGGGAGAUUUGGCGCGUUAUGAAACGUCGAUAUCACCUAACAUCCCGUCGCACACUAAAUCCGGCAAACGUCGAUGUGGAAUCCAUACCAAUGGCACAGAGGCAGAGCGUAAGAAAUACUCGCCGUACCCAGAGAGAGGAUGGCCAGACCGAAGAGGAAUCUCGAACGAUAAGACAGGUGGUGAAAAUGUUGGUCGCCGUGGUGGUGCUGUUUGUCAUUUGCUGGGGUCCGAUUCUCGUGGACAACAUGCUCACCUCCUACGGAUAUUUGCCACGCAUAAAAGUUGGCACGUACAAACACCUGAACACAGCCUUUCAGUUGAUGGCUUAUUUUAACAGUUGUAUAAAUCCGAUCGUGUACGGAUUUAUGUCAAAACACUUCAGAGAGAGUUUCCUGUCGGCGGCCUGCGGCGGCUGGUGGAUCUGUUGGUCCAGAAGAGGAUACAGAGCACCUGUAAGACGGCAUCCAAGCCUCAGCCAGACCAGGACGACCAGUAUCAGGCUCGAAAGACGUUUACCCUGGUCGCCAGGCUGUGAUUCUGUUCCGCGAAUGAUGGACUUGAUUAUUUCGCCGUGCCCGGCCCACGUCGAGGCAGCUCUUCCACAGGUAAAACCAACCAAAGAAGCACCACAGAACAGGCCACGAAGAAAUCCGAAAGAAGUAAAGUGUUUUCCAAUAGUUCCUAAACGAGGAAGACGUUGCUAUUCACGUUUAUUAUUUCCAAAGACUCAUGUGCGAUUUUCAAAACCAUAUUCCGCGAUUUUUUCGCGAUUACUUCGCGAAGCGUCGCAUUGCUCAAAUGUACAGAUGCUGAGAAUUGCUAUGAGAGAGUUUAGAUAUAGGAAUUCGUCGCACGUGAUAUUCGUUUUGAAAGAAUUAUUCAACGAAAUGAUGGAGGCUUUCGCGUUGGAUUCUUUCCAGAAUCUUUCUUUGAGAAAUAGCCGAUGUAUUUCUUUAGAUGCAAAGGUUGCUCGUAUCAGAGAUUCCGUAAAUUCUAUCGGCAAGCCUCGUACACGAAAGCCUCGAAAUUGGAUAUUGAUUGAUUCCUGUUUGCUUGUUUCUUCGGUCGAGAGGUUUAAUUGAAAGUUUUAUACAGGUAGAUUGGCAAGUUUCUCGUUGCAAAGUGGACAGAUGUUUGCAAAAAUCGCAUAAACAUUAUCAUUCGUAUCUAUUUGCGUGUAUCAUUGACUAAUUGGAUGUAUAGAAUUUUUCAGUCGUUUUUGAAUUGUAUAAACGUGUCGGAGAAAAUUUAUUUGUUUGAAUUGUUUUCAGACGAACAUUUCUGCUUUGGGAUUGUUACAGGCGAAGCGGUGCAAGUGGUGUAGCGAAGCUUGUUAAAUUUCUAAUAUUCCAAGUAAAUUCGCAAAUUGAUCAAAAGAACUUCCUCUCACGUCGAACACUAGUUUUUAAAUUAUCGUGAUUACGAAUCAAACAGAUAGGAACUAAACACGUUCGUGAAGUUUGCAGGGUAAAUUCUUUCCAGAAAAUCGCUCAUCAAAACGAUGUAAUUUAAUUUGUCUACUAUAUAGUUGUACAUAUAUAAGUAUAUACGUUGUAAGUAUACAAAUAAUCUUUAUCGUCACAGAGGCUUCGAAUUUUCUCAGCAAUCGUAUAAAAUUCCAUAAAGAAUAUACUAUACGGAGUAAUUUAAAAAAAUAUACAGAUGCGCUGUAAAAAUGAGAAGCGGGCGGAGACGAAAUUUCGCUCAGAAUCACACAGUCCCGAUAUUACAUCGAUAAUUGUAGAUUCGACUUAAGUGUAUUAGCUAUCGACUGAAAAUCUUCGCUGAUUUUCGACCAAUGGGGAAAAGAAUCGCUAAUUAACCGUAAUGAACUGUACGUGAAUUCUCUACGUAAUUUAAUCACGGUUGAUCUAUAGGAUAUACUUUAGCAAAUUGUAUCAUAAUGUAGAAAUUGAAAUUUUCGCUAUUUUAAUUCCUCGUCGUUCUAGAUCCUAGCUAAUGGAUACGAAGAUUCCUACAAUACAAUUUUCAUCAUACGUUUAGGCAUAACAUCAUUCCACAAGUAAUGUGAUUUUGAUCCGCUGUAACAUGGGAACAUCUCGGUUUUGAUACUUCAUUCGCGAAUAAUACCGUCAAUUGUUUUCAAUGACGUUUUAACUCGUCUUCUGAAAAACUGAAAUAAUAAUCUCCACGUAAAAUAUUCAAUUACGUUGCGUAUAACCGAAUUAAAAUUAAUCCCCUAUUGCAUUUGCACGCUUUAAAGUAUUUUUGGAAUAAAUGAAUAUUUAUCUUUUGCCACGGUGAAACAAAUUUCCCCUUUUAAAUCACCGGUCUUCCAAAUUCUCUGAGUAAUCUAGUGUCGUUUCUGUUGCAUGCGAUUAAACGUUAUCGCGAUAAAAUAAACCUCCAUUUUAAUUCAGUAUUCCUCGCAAUCUUCUCCAGCAACUGUCUUUAAAUUAAAACAGCACAUUGCCUUGUAACUUCACCGCAUAAAUUAAAGAACGACAUUACUUACGGAAUGAUCCGACGAAUGUUCAUCUCGUGGUGAAGAAACCGUAAUUUUCAAAAUUAUGCUUCAGUGUGCUAGAAGAGAGCUUUAGAAAUUAUUCGACGGUCGUUGUUAAACCAUAAGAAAUUUUAGGAAACUUUGCAUUCCAUCUUGUCGACAUUAGGAACUCGCGAAAACCUCAUGCGUACAAGGCAUUCAUUGUUACGUAGAAUAUGAAAAGCUUCGUUGUAGUUUGAUCUCUGAAUGUGAAGACUCAAUUAAUUAGCUAAUUAACGACGAUGAACUGUGGCGAAGCUUAAUGACACACCUAUUGAUCGACAACCUUCCGUUCGAAUUAAUUAUAGGUUCGCUUGGAUCUGUGCGAUCAGAAUGUAAUUGAAAAGAAUGUGUCUGUGUGUAUAUGCAUAUAUAUGCGCGUGUUAGUCAUUGUUGGAGCGAAAAGCGUGUCGUGUACAUGGAAAUAACGGGUGGUGUAAUUCAUACGCGACACUAUGUCAUCGCGGUGUUAUAUUUUAUCCAUGGGAAGCUUGACAAAAUUGUCUUGCAAAGUCAUGCACCGGACUACCAGAUCAGAUAGGAAGCGUGAUUGUAUGUAAAUGAUUUUUCUUCGUGUUUAAUUUUAUAGGAGAGCGUCCAUAAAAUUGUAUCAAUUUUUUACGCCUGCGUUUGCAUGUAAAUAUCCGAAUAAACUGUGCAAAUUAUAUCUAACACGGGGUUUCAUUGCGAAUUAUCGUGCCGAGGGGUUGUGCACUGCCAAUAAAAAUAAUAUUUUUAAAUCUUCGAUAACCCUUUGAACUGUGAAUUAUUCUUGUUUCAACGAUAAAAUGUAGGAUUAAAGCGAAGAAACGAGAGUUGCAGAAGUAGAAGAGUUUGGCAACUUUCAAAUGCUUUGGGGGAUUGGAGGGACAGGAUAAGCUACCAAUGGGUACGUAGGGGACGAAGAAAAAUAAGAAGUGCGUGCGAGAAAUAAAAAAUUAGAAGGAGCCAGUGGGAAUGGAAGAGAAGAAAGAGAAAAUUAGGGAAGCUACGAAAGUAGGAAAUGGGGAAUCAGCAAUGCGAGAAUGGAAGUAGUAGAUGUGAAACGAGGGAAAAAGUAGGAAAAUGGACGCGCAAAGUGAAACAUAGAGACAAUUGCAAACGCUUGAAAAACGCGACAAGUUAAGAAAGCCGAGGGAACAACGAAGACUCAUAAAAUCAUGGAACUUCAAAGAACUGAAAAAAAAGGUAAUAUCUUAGGAAAUUCAAGAACACUGAGAAACUUACUUCUUACAGAGUGUAUGAAUUAUUCUUUAAGCGGUGUCCCUUAAAGCGAUCCUGAAUUUUUUAAAUUUCUACGAAAGAAUGAUCAGAAUGCAAUUUAUAUGACUUUAAAAUUUUUCAUCUCCUCUCGAGCAACGAUAUUCAUAAUAUUCUGCACAUGUUCGUGAAUAUUUGAAGGGUAAUCGAAGGUGAUCAUGCGUUUGCACAUAUGAAGAACGAGCAAUCGAUAAUCGAGUAGGGAACCGCGUAGAAAAAUGCACCGAUAAAUUCUCCGAGUAAUUUCUACGAGAAUACGGGCGAUUAAUGCGCGAGCUUCCGGGAUCUUUAAACGAUCCGAUUCAAAGCUCGCGUCUGUUGAAAUAAAAAUGAGCAACUUUCUAGCUCAUCGAACAUAUUAUUGUAAAAUCGAGCAAUGUAGAGCUUCCCAGCGUAAGUUUCACUAUCGCCACGUGGCAAUAAUUCGUUUCUUUCUGCUUGUCCGCAUUUUUCUUCGCGUUGGCCUUUUUCUUCACUCUUGGCGUUGUUUUCGUGCUUUCUUUCGCGUCUGAAUCCUUUCCCUCGCUAAUAGCUUGAAAUCGUACACCGAAUUCCACCUGCAACGCCAGAGACAAAUUCUUGAAACGUUAUUGGAUUCUUUGUAAUUAGAAACAUCGAACUUAUCGAUUUAUUUAAU